AUGGCGUCGCAUCGGCCAACGAUGAGCGAGGAAUAUUCCGACGCCUUGAGCAACGCGUCGGACGUGUCCUCCGUGAAUGAGUUGCCGGCGACAGGGGUGCCCCUUAGGUAUCCUUCUCCAAGAGCUGAUUUGCAGCAAGGUGUGGCUUUUGGACAAGUGGCUUUUCCUCCAAUAGCUCCACAAGGCUUCCUACCAGCAAACCCGCCACCCCCCUCAGUGUACCCAGCGCCGCCAAAGUGCGUUGGACCAGACUACAGCGUUGCACAGUAUGGCAAAGGAGACAUCGAAACAGGCCGUCCAGCACCAGCGCAGGUAGUGAUCCCUCGCCUUCCAUUGGAUACCUUGCAUCACCCUGGAAAGGCAGGGCACUCAUGCCAAAAAGGUCCCAAGGCACCAUCCACCAAGUAUUUAAGCGGAUUUGCUGACAAGAGUGCAAGGAUUGGCUUCCUCCGGAGGGUCCUUUGGAUUGUUGUACUGCAGAUAGGAGUCACAAGCGCACUCUCCACAGCAUUGCUCUUUCGCGCAUCUGCUCAGGUGUGGACACAAGUGGCUACGAUUCAAAGCACCAGUUUGACAGAUGCCCAGCCUCCAGUUUGGAGAGGCGCCUGUGGUGCAUGA